AAUAAGUUAAUCAUUAAACCUUUGCACUCAGCAAGAGACCUUCCUGAUUUACACCUAGACCACUCUGCAGCCUGCUGCAGUGUACACGACUUUUUAGAGAGCGUUUCGCAAACCUGCUUGGAAACUUCCUCAAUUACCGUUUGUUAACCUCCUUUUCCUGUGUUGUUUAGCUUGCCACAUCGUAACUUAACACAACGUUCUCAUGCCUCUGAAAACAUGGCAGUUUGGGGCAGUUUGCUUUCAGUUCUUUUGGUUUUGCUAAUGUCGACAAGAAGUCAGGGGCUGCUGUCGGACUUCAAAAAAUGCGGAGAUGCCGAGUGUGAAAGUUUAAUAAGCCGUGUGCAAGCCAUAAGAGACCACAAAGGACCUGACUGUAGAUUCCUAAACUUUAAAUCUGGUGCUGUGAUAUUUGUGUAUUAUAAACUAGCAGGACAAAGAGAUGACCUGUGGGCUGGCAGUAUUGACAAACAGUUUGGCUAUUUCCCAAGGGAUGCAGUGGAAAUUGAAGAGGUUUAUGUAUCAAAUGAAGUUCAGAUUCCUGCAAAGGAAACUGACUUCUUCUGUCUUGAUGGAACUGGGUAUUUCACUGAAAGUGAAUCAAGCCAAUUGGAGAGCCAGGAGCCUCAUAAGUCAGAAGUGCCUGCAAGUGAAACAGGAAGUUCAGUAAAAAUUGGUUCUAAAACAGAACAGAAUGAAAAUGCAGGAAAAGGAGAACCCAGUGACUCAGCUGAACAGCUGGGUCAUGUCAAUAAGGACUUGAAGGUUGCAGAACAAGAGGGGUCUCACUGGCUUGGAUCUCGAGUUACUGGAUGGCUGGGUUUAGGAAGCCAAGAGGAUAAUGGUGAGCAGAAGAAAGCAGAACAACUCUCGUUUAAAAGCAGGAAGAUUGCCAUGGAUUUCAAUGAUAAUGCAUUUAAAAGUGACAUAGAAAAAGAGACAGAACCUAAAAAAAACGGCUGGUUAAGUGGAAGUUUAUCAAACUUAAUGAAUUUUAGAGGUCAGGCGCCAGAGGUUUUAGCCAAUAAUAAACCUGAAAAUGCUGAUGACAAAAUUACAGCACAGCACAGAAAAAAGGCAACUAUGACUAACACAGGAGAAGCAGGCCAGACAGAAAUGGAGCACAAUUCACAGGAAGAAAAAGCUGCAGGUGAUGGGUCAAAAUCUAACUGGCUUAAUAUUGGAAUCAGUGAUGUUUUAAGCUUUAGUCGGAACAGCUGGAAUGGAAAUUCAAAACCAAAGGAUGGUACACUUAAAGAAAAAUAUGAUGGUCAGGUUGAAGAUGAUAAAAUAAGUAGUGACGGAGAACAGGAGCUCAAUCGCGAGGAGACAUCAACACAGACUGGAGAACAGAGGUCCAUUGUUCCAAAUACGGAGAAAAAAGAUUCAACUUCACACCCUGACAAAGAGACUGUUGAGGGAGAGACGAAUAUGAAAGGGGAAAAAACAGGUUGGUAUGAUAAUGUCUCUAAUAAUACCCUUGGGUUUGUCAGGGAAGAGAUGUCAGGACAGAGGGAAGUACAUUUUUUAAAAGAUGCUGAAUCAACAGAAAUGGCUUUAGAUAUACAAGAGCCUGAUUUGGGGGAAGAGGUUAAAGUAAGCACUGAAAUCACAGAUAACAGAGAAGAAGAGGAAUCUCAGUCUAUGCUUUCUGUAGGGGGUAUUCAAAACAUGUAUGGAAGCCUAACAUCAAGGUUUCAGCAAGACAAUUCAGAUACCAAAAAAGACCUCCCAAAAGAGGAAGCCUCAGUAGAAAGCACAGAGCACAAGAAAUUAACAGAAUCGGAUCAGGAUGUUUUAGACAACAUGCAUCCCAUGGAGAACUUACAAGAACAAUCAAUGUCAGACUCUGUACAGGUAGCUGGUUUAAAUGAAAUGGAAGAAAUGCUAGAAGGAGAUCAAGGUGGUGAAAAUGAGAUUGGCAUUCCAACAGCCAAUAAACCAGGACCUGAACAUCGGGCAGAGCUGGAUUUUCCUUUUGGUAGUAAUGUAGGAAACAACGUACAGUUCCUUGAGGAAUUAGGCGUAGUUAAAGAAGGCACUGGCAACCACCACGAUUUUCAAGAUGUUUUUAUUUCAGACUCAGAAGAUCCAAUAAAAUUAACAGGAAACAGCAACCAUUUUAGCAAGGAAUCUGACCUUCCAAAAGACAAUGACAAUGAUAUUGAAAAAGAAGCAGAGCAUGAACAGAUUGAAAGAACAAUUCCAGAACAUACUACUAAAAAUACUAUACUAAACCUUUCUGAAGGAUCUGUUGUGGGGAAACCAAGUACCAAGUCAUAUAAUUAUCAUUUAAAUGAUGCUGGACUCAAUAAGGAUGUUUUCGAAAGUGACACUGAAAAACAUAAUGUUCUGCAGGACAAAGAACAUGCAGAAACCACUGUGAACCAUAAUUUAAAAGAAACUAUACAUUCUCCUUCUGAAAGCACAUUAUUCAAUAAAGAGUCAGAUCCAUUAUCAGCUACAGAUUUUACUAAACAACUGCAAAAUGAAGACGAUAAUCAAGAUCAACUGCACUUAGUUUCCAAACAGGAACACUACAAUUAUGCAAAUUUACCAGGUGACACAGCCAUUGAUGGAGGGAUUCUUGAAGCAACUGAUACAACAUCCUCACUAACAUUGAAGGAGCUUACUUCCAUAUUAGUGCAGGAAGAAGGAUUAAUAAAAAUGAAUUUGUCUAUAAAGGAAGGUUUUCAAAGUCAGGAUCAACCUUCAAUUGAAGCUCAGGCAAAACUAAAGGAAGACAAUAAAAAGGUCAGAAAGCCAGAAGAUGCUGAAGAAAUAAUGAAGAUUCAGCACAAAAUGUUAAAUGAAGAAAAGCUAAGUUGUCGUGAAUCAUUAGCUCAUGCAGAUAAGUCGUUGAAUCACUUAAGCAUUAAAGAUAUGUCAAACGAGUAUUUACCACAAACACAUGACAGUAAAGUAGUUCCACCUGAAGAGAAAAAACACAAUGUAAAAGAUAAAGACCAAGGUAUUUUUGAAAGCACAACAAAACAUCUACCAGAACUUCAGUCUUUAGAAAAGUUAACUUUAGAUACCAAAGAUCAUUACGAAUCUAUCAACAGUGACAAUGCACAGAUGACACCAGUUACUCAAGAUAUGCUGUUAGAGUCUAGUUUGAAACCUGAAAAAACAAUUGUCAUAGAUACGGAUGAAGUUAUUUUGCAUGAAACCAGUACUGAUCAUCGUGAUGGUGACAAUGAUAAACAUUCUUUAGACAGUAAAGGAUUAAAACUAGAUGCAGAUUCUGAAGACAGCAGUCAUUCAAGCCAAGAACUAGUAUUGUUGGCACAAAAACUAAUCACUGAACAGGGGAUCAGCCCAGUGAUAGAAAGUGAAGCUUUGUCUCCAGAACAGACUGAUACAAAAACACAUGAAUCUCAACCAUUCUCACAGCAACAAACUAAGAUUAUAAAAUCAGAGUCUGUUUCUGCCCCAAAUCAGGAAACAUCUGUAUUGCAUGUUUCUGAGGAAAGCCCUUAUGUUCCACAAGAGUUCAAUAGAGUUGAAGAACGAUUACUCUUAGAAAUGAAAAACGAACAACCUGGUACCUUAAAUUUUGAGCAGAACCUCAGGACUGAAGCCAAGCAGGCUAAUGGGAAGCUUGCUUCAGAUAGUCCUCUAGUAGAGCAUAGUUCCAGUACUGAGAUCCCCCUUGGUGCAGUUAUGGAUAAAUCUAUUUAUACAGAUAAAACAAACACUGAAUCAAUUAAAGGGAUUGCAGGGCUUCAUCUUGACUUAAUCAAAAAAGAAAAUGUGGUCCAAGAUCUACACAAGCUACCUAAAACUAACGAUGUUCAUAGUGAAACAAGUAUUGGUAAAAUAGAAAACAAACUAACUGCUGAAAAAGAAGUUCAAAACAAAUUAGAUUCAUUGACAUUUAAAGAGGGGGUAGAUAAGACACAAAAUAAUUUGGAAGCCAAAUGUGGGGAAGAAGAUAACCCAGUUGCUGACAAGAAAGAUUCAGGUCAAGUUGAAAAAGAAUCAGGUAUUAACCAUGUGGAAUUAAAUAGUGAUGAGCCAGAGUAUAGCAAUAGCUUUAGAGACGAAGGGAGUUUAGGGCUACAACCACAUGAUCAUAGUACAAAAUCGACAUUUUCAUUAGAGGGUGAAGAAGAAACAAGCAUAUCCUCAACCCAGACAGUAGAUUCACUCCAAGAAACUAAACACCAGGAUCAGAUACAUACACCAGUCCCCAAGGCUACAAAGGCUUUUAAGGAUCUUAGAAGGAUGAGAAAAUAUAUGACUGCGGAAGAUAUUGAGUAUUUGAUACAUGCAUUUGGAUAUCGGAAGCUUCUAUGGCUCGACUAUUGUCUUGACAAUACAGAGGCAGAACUUUCUAGCCAAAAUGAUGAAGACAUUCUUACUUUAAUUUCUGACUUUGAACAUAGUCUCAAACAUCAAAGAAUAAUUUCUGCUGCAAAAAAAUCAAGUGUUCAAGAAAACAUAAAAGGAGACCGUCUUCAUGACAAUAACAUGGCACUUCAAAAACUAGAAGAUCUUCUGUCUACCCUGAAAAGUAGAUACACUGCAAAGACAUCUGUUAGAAUUGAAGACCAAGAUAAAUACAUCUUAGGCUGUACCACAGACACUUGCAUUCAGGCAGAAAAAACUGAAGAGAAGAAUAGUGAUCAAGGUGCUAAAAUAACUGAAGGGACUAAAGAAGACAGUACAUUGAGUUCUGUAAUGGUAAGAAGCAACAAGGGAGAUGAAAAGUCUAUUAGUACAAUUGGACUUCCCAAAGGUAUUACAGAUACUACAAGAACCAUGCAAACAGAAACAGAAUGGCCUUCAGAGAGUGUUCAAGAAGGAAAAGAUAAAACUUUAAGCAGGAACACAACAUCCCAAAUUAUUUUACAGUUAAAGGAGGACGCGUCUUCACAAAACGACAAAACAGAAGGCGUGUCUGUUGUAGGAAAAGCACUGCAUGCCCUGUAUGAAGCAUCUAGCCUUCUUAGACCUCUCUGGCCACGUGUUCAACAUUUUGCCAAAACGGCUGUGUCAUUGCUUCCAGAGGACAUGAGACCUGGUCCAGACAUGUAUGGAUUACCAUGGGAAGUGGUGAUAGUAACAGCAUUUGUGGGAAUAUUAUCUGCACUUCUCUUUCUUUGUAGAUUCUGGCAAUCAAUUAAAAGCAGAUUAUAUGUUGGAAGGGAGAAAAAACUUGCCACCAAAGUGGCUGAAUUACUUGAAGAAAAAUGCAAAGUUCUUGAAACACUUAGUGAGUGCAAACAGCAAUAUGAAAAACUUGACGCAACCUUGAAAAAUGGCGGCCAUUCAAAACAAGCUUCAGAAAAAGAAAAUCUUCAGGUUAUGUCUGUGAAAUUGGAAAACUCUAACUCUGAGUUAAAAGAGGAAAUUGAUCAACUAAAGCAGGAUCUGGAUUCUCAGAGAACUACAAGAGCACAACAAGAUGAACUGCUUGCAGAAAUGCAGAGGUCCUUGAAAAGUUUAGAAGAAGAAGCUAUAGGCCUGAAGUCACAAAUGGAGCAGGCUCAAACUACAUUAAAAAUCUACCAAAUCAACAGUGAACGACUGCAAACAAAUCUACAAGCUGCAAAGGAAGAGAAUUGCCAACUUCAAGAAAGCAAAGCACAGCUUGUGCAAGAAGCUGAAGGAUGGGAUGAACGACUAAAUGAACUCGCUGAACAGAUUAAGAUGUGUGAGGAGUCUCAGAAAGAUAUGCAAGAGGAUUGCUCAAAUAAGGAUGAGCAGAUUAAGACUCUGACAGACUGCCUGCUCAAGAUGAAAGAUUGGGAUUCUGAGCUGGAAGAUGACCAAACGACUCAAACCGAAAAUGGAGAAUACUUAGAUCAUCAGAAAGAACAAAUACAGAAUCUUAUUUAUGCAGUGAAGAUGCAUGCUGGGUUGAAAUCCAUUGAAGAAGAUAAAAACAGGAUUUUCACCAAACUAGCUGAUGAGGAGAAAGCAAAGGAGGAUCUCAAAGAGCGUAUUGAAAAGCUUAAGAAUGAUAAAGACGUGUUGCAUUCUGAAAGUAUGAAGUACACAAGAGAGGCUGAGAAACUACAACAAAAACUCAAGAUUAUGACCGAGAUGUAUCAGGAAAAUGAACUGAAAUUACACAGAAAACUGACUGUGGAAGAAAAAGAACGCACGCAGAAAGAGGAGAAGCUCACCAAAGCAGAUGAGAAAAUUAUCCUUGCAGCAGAAGAGCUUAGCAGUUACAGACAAAGAGCUAAAGACCUUGAGGAAGAACGAGAAAGGACUAACCAAGCCUACAAAAACCAGAUUGCCUCUCAUGAGAAGAAGGCACAUGAUAACUGGCUGGCAGCACGGGCAGCUGAAAGAGACCUUAAUGAAAUAAAGAGAGAGAACUCGCACCUCAGACAGAGGCUAACUGAUUCACAGUUUAAGCUGGAGAUGGUAGAGAAGGACCCGUACGCUCUUGAUGUUCCAGGAAGACCACAGUUCAGAGGUGAAAGAUCCCCUUUUGGACCUUCACCUUUGGGAAGACCUGCAUCUGAAACAAGGGCCUUCCUUUCUCCACCAACCCUGAUGGACGGUCCGCCCAGGGUCUCCCCAGCGUUUCCUGGAGUGCUCGGCGGUAGAGCAUCAAGAGGUCCACCAAAUCAUGCAGCUCAUCCAGUUCUUAGUGAAAGUUUGGACCCAAACUGUGACAGGAAUUUUGAUAACUACAGCACUCAUUCUGACAGUGGAUCAUUGUCUCCGACAUGGGAAAGAGAACGAAGGGUUCAUGUACCCCCACCAGGAUACCCCUACCCAGACCCCACCUUUCCUUACCGAAGACCUCCCCCAGAGAGGGGAUACCCCAUGCCUCCCCUGUCAGGAAGAUUAUCAGGACCAGCUGAAAUACGUGGUUACAGCCCUCUUUCAGCAGAUGGAUCGUAUCUUCUAAACAGUUUAGACAAUUCAGGGGCAGCUGGAAAUGAAAACAAGGAUAGUCUCUUGCCUAUGUCUGGAGAUCUGCCUCUUCCCUCUGAUGCUGAGUUAAGGAUGGACCCUGGUUUUGGGCCUCCAGUGAUGCGAGGACCUCUUCUUCCAAUGGAUGCGAGAGGUCACUUUCCUCGUAGGGGCCCAUAUGGGCCUUCAGAGUUUUUCCCCCCGAGAGGGCCAAGUGGUCCCCUACUAUGUAUGCGUGGCCCCCCUCCACCAGGAAUGUUCCCUAGGUUCCCUCCUCCUCAACUGCAUCCUGGAUACCCCCCUGCAAGGUACCCAACAGAAAGUGCAAGUGAACCUCCACCCAGACCAUCUCCUCCCACAAGUGAACAGCCGGGAGAACAUGCAGCACCACAACCACCUCAGGAUAUUAUUUGAAAUAGCUUCCGGAUACUAUGUUCAUGUAUUACUAGAUGUGCCACAAUCUCUUUCAUUGUGGAAAUGUCAUAGUACUGAUUUUAAAGCGGUAGUGAGCCUAUAUAGACAUACAAGAGUGAUUUGAUGUGCACCAAGAAAUAACAAUGUUGGCCCUGUGUGAUUUGGUGUUCAAGAAAAUUCGAGUCACAUAAUGAAUUCUUUGUUCAGUACUCAAACCUGACUUGGAACCUUCUAUAUUGUAGCACAGGGCUGUUUCAUACAGACUUGCUUUGCUGCAAGAAAGAACCACAUGUCUGGCUUCCUGUAAACCCUGCAUACAAUUAAACUAAAGUAUCAUGUACAAGGUUUAUCCACACAGCCGUGGCUUAUCUAGCCGACAAGUUCUGAAUAUUGGUACUGGCACAGAAAAGAAAUGUGAAACAAAGUGAUGCAACAACAGUCAGAUGUUUUCAUGUCUUUUUUUAUUUUAAUUUUGGAUUUGAUAGUUUAUUUUCCAUGUGAUUUGAACAUAUUUGUAUUUUAUUUUUUUGUCACUGUUCCCCAUGCCUUGUUUUGCAACCGUACCAAAAUCAGCUAGCCGACUAGAUAACCCACAGAAUGAGCAAAUAUACCCAGAGCAACUUGUCAGCUUUGCACAUGUAAUGUUUCAACUCUAUUAAUUAUUGCUAAUUCAUCAUUCUAAUUUUUAAAUCAUUUCAGAUUUUACUGAAUUGUUUGGACUCAGGAUUUUUAAAUGUAUGUAGAGAAUUUGUGUUAAUGUUGUCAAUAGAUGGGCUUUGUAUAAGAGUCCCUGUCAUGCGUCAUUUUAAUGUAGUGUUUUUUUUUGUUUGUUUUUUUUUUUUAAUUAUUUCAGUCUACAGGAGUAUAAACUGUUAUUGAGGUGUUCUCAGUUUUACACCUAUUUAAUCUGCAAGUCUUUAAACCGUCCAUGUUACACACUGCAUUGUAAUUAUGUAUACAGUUGACUGGGAGGAUACUUUUUUAAAUUGCAUAAUUGUGUAUUGUAAAAAUAAAGAUUUAUUACAGA